UGUAGCUUUACUGUUCAAGUGAAAUAAACACAAGGCUGUCAUUUCCUGAGACAAAAUGUCUAUAACAACUUGCCAGAAGGUUACUCUGAUAUCAUGCUCUGUUCUCUGUGUUUCUCUCUUCCUGCCCAGAAUGCUUUUACCCAGAGGGAAAAAGGAGAUGGGGCAGCCUGAGGUUGGACCUGGGUUCUACCCCCCUGUGAUGCAUCAGCUGUCACUGCCAGAGGACCCAGAACAGUGGGGUGUGGACCCUUCGUACUCCAUGACACACGUUGCUGAGGCCAUGGCCAAAGUAAAAGGCAUCGGACGAGGCAAAAAAUACAACCUGAUGGGUCAGGUGAUACCCAUAUAUGGCUUUGGGAUCUUUCUUUACAUCUUCUAUAUAAUCUAUAAGCUGACAUAUAAGGGGAAGACUAAUAAAUCAGGAUAUUACACUACAGUAACCAAGGCCCACACGGAGAAUAAGAUUACAACCGAUGAGCUUGUCAGGCUUCAGGAGAGACUACUGCAAACAGAGAGGAUGAUGGAGAGGAUUGUGUCUGGAAAGAGUCGAGGUUCUGGGAGAAUCUCUAGUGGCAGAAGGAGGAGGAGUAAAACUACAACAUCAAAGAAGGAGGAGAAAUUACUCAAGCAACUUAGACAGAUCACACAGCUGAUGCAAGAGGGCCGGUUGGAGGGAGCUUCCCCAGAGAUGGAAGCUGAGGAGGUCCCCUACAGUGCAGACUGGGAUGGCUACCCAGAGGAGACCUACCCAGUGUACGACAAUCCCUGUGACAGACGUAGAUUUGAGAGCAUUAUGCUGAUGGAGACCCCCCCCAACCAACCCACUGCCGAGGCCCUGGCAGAGAGGAUGGAGCAAGAGGAGGAAGAGAUUAUGGCAAGGAAACUAUCCAUAGUACGAGAGGAGGAGGAGGAGGAGGAGGAGGAAGAGGAGGAGGAGGAUGAAGAGGAAGAGGAGGAGGAGGAUGGAGAGGAAGAGGAGGACGAAGAGGAAGAUAAAGAGGAAGAAGUAGAGGAAGAAGUAGAGGAAGAAGUAGAGGAAGACAUAGAGGAAGAGGAAGAGGAGGAGGAGGAGGAUGAGGAAGAGGAAGCAGAGAAAAGGCACUUGCUCAGUCUUCCUUUAUCCCAGAUCGAAAGGAAGCCAGAGAUGCUGGGUUUGGAGGUGAGCGAAGAGCUGCAGUGUUACAACGGAGGGAAGAAGCAAAUAAGCUUCAGUGACCACAGAGAUGUGUUCCGCUACCCUAAGGAGGAGGCUUAUGAGGAGGAGGAAGAGGAGAAGGAUGAUGAGGUGGAGGAAGAGGAUGAGGGGACAGAGGUGGAAGAGGAGGAGGAAGCAGAUGAAGAGGAUCCAGUGAUGGAGGCAGAGAGCCUGCUGUUCAGUUGUGAGGGUUGUCCCAACCCGGAGGAAGAGGCAGAAGAGGAAAUCGAGUAUUUGUUAACGUCAGCGUCCGUGGAGGGUGACGAUGGCAUCCAAGCAGACAUGCCGAAAGAAGUCGGGGUGAGUGGGCUGAGGAUGCGGAACAGGAGAGAAACCUAAAGGACUUUUCCAGUAACCUAAAAUGAGUUUUUAAACUCAACGUUCCUCAGAUUAUAGCUUCUGAUGCUUAUACAUUACAUACACAUACAUUAUUUGCAGUCUUUUUCCAGUCUUGAUUCAAUAUCCACAAACAAGUUACAAUUGUAUUCAUUCAUUCGUUUCAUUUUUCUGGUGAAAAGAUAGAUAUAUGGACCACACUCAAUGAAAGGAUGUUUAAAGGCCCUGCACACCCACACAGUUUGUUUUCAUUGCCUGAUUAGACCUCUUUUUAGGCCGUCCAGAGUCAUUCAGCCAGAGUGUGUACAAAAUGUGCUUGAUUGACAUCUCUGUAGUGGCACCAAUGGGUGACCUUAUGUUAUACCCAGCAUACCUCUGCCCAACUUCAACCUGAGUAGAAGUCCAAUCAGUCUGGUUAAUUACAAACACCUCUGUGUGCGUGUGUGUGUGUGUGUGUGUGUGUGUGUGUGUGUGUGUGUGUGUGUGUGUGUGUGUGUGAGCAGAGCUUUCAAAACAAGUUAAAGAACUGAAGAUUAUUAUAAGUUAGCGACUGCUCAUUGGCUUUUGAACAGGAAAAGUCUCCAAAUUAAGUAAUUCUCUACAUUACUCAUCAUUCCAGAUUACUUGUUAUUACUUUUGAAUUAGAAAAAUGUGUAACAAAACAUAAAAAUAUGUAUGUCACUCAGCAGGAACAGGGGCUUGGGGCCUUGCGACAAAUUAUAUGUAUAUAGCAGUCUAUGAGUGUGCAGUACUUGACAUUGUCACGCAAUAUCUGGCUCCACCUAGUGGUAUAAUGUGGAUCUACUCUUGGGGAUGCUCUCUGUUGCUGUAAUGCGGCAUAACAGCGUAGAAUACAUGGCAACAGCAUAACCCCCCCCCAAAAAAAAAAAUUAUCAUAGAAAUAAGAACCCUCCAGGAUGCCCACAAACAGAGUACAAGCAAAGCAGGUGGAGGCUGUGGUGGGGGAGGCUUUUGCAAAUUGAUAGCAGAGCAAAGCAUAAAGAUUUAUAAAUACGAAUCAGUGCAGUAAGGUGGGAAGGAUGCAGUAAAAUAGCUCUCAGCUGCCACAGCAGCACAGCUUCAACUUCAGGUGUCCUGCCAACAUUAAGUCAUUAACUCGCAUUGCUGCCUCCAGUGAUUGAUGUGAUUAAGUUACACUUUAUUAAACCCUGUAGGGAAUUCCGUCUUCUGCACUUGAUCCCUUCUCAAGGGGCAGAGGACUAAUUGAACUCUAUAUUUUUUAACUGUAUAUCCUGUUGUACAGUAUAUAGCACUUUUUAGUUUAAAGGUUUAUGGUUACAGCUGUUUUAAAGUCCUUGACAUCUGUUUUUAUGAGGCACUGUUGACAUUGAUUUUUGAACAUGAGCAGACUGUGUAUGUGUUAGUGUAAACACAAAUGUCUAAGACUAGCAUUUUGUCUGGCUGUGACUCGCAAAUUAAAACAAAAACACCAAGUUGGAAAUAAUCAAGGACAGAAAUAAAAAAGGUGAUAUCCAUACUGAGUCUGAAGCUGAAUCUUAGUCCUUGAGGAAUAAAGAUGAUUGGAUGUACAGUAAUGGUAAAUUCAAGCAGCAACCCUCAUGGUCACAGUUCUCUCUGAUUAUACAAAGAUUCAGAGCAGAAAAAAGAUCAGCACAGGAUAGAAAGACAUAAAGAAAGAAGAAUCCACAAAAAAACAAUGAAAAUGCAGAUUCAACCAGUUUAACAUCUGUUCCCAAUGCUUGAUAAUUAUCCCACAUCCAGAUCUCUGUGAUGUUAGAACUGUUUUGUGUUGAGAGCACCAUUAUAGUACUAGUCUUGUGAUACCAGACGAUCGGAGAGCUCAGCAUUCGAAGCGUUUAGAGACUGGCUUGUGAGUCUAGUGUAGUACUAAACAAUGGAUCCUGUUCAUAUGUCACACUGCCACACCUAAAGUAUUAGCUAGUAGGAAAGGUUGUAGGCAAGCCAGUUACUCCACUGUAUUGUAUUUUAAUAGCAAUACAACCUGUUUUUGUCUUGCAACAUUGUUAUAGAAAAGACCAGAUUCACACAAUAAAGAUGGGAUUACUUCUCAACUUCAAAUACA